AGUUGUCUGUUGACUACGGCAGUGGGUGGAGUGCUGCAGCUCUUGUAGUUUCACAGCAACGAGGCUAAUUCUCUGUUAUAUAUAAGAAAGAAGGAAGAGAUAUUUUAGAAUGUGGUCCCACUACAACUAUUGUGUCAUCAGUACUCUACUCGUUGCUGUUCGCCUCGUCCUGGCCACCCACAUCUUUCCUGAAGGACCAGAGUCUUGCGUGAGAAAUAUCAGUGUGGAACAGUUUAAUAUUAGCGUCAGGUAUGAGAUUCACCUGGAUCAGCAGUGCUCUCUAGGCACCUCACACUUAUGGACAUUUCACGUCGUCAGCUGCGACACUGAUGAGAAACUCUUAGAGGUGUAUAGCACCACGGAGGUAAUAUGGUUUCUUUCAUGUCCUCUCCUACCUUCACUGGGCUUAGUAACCCCCGCAGGCUUGAUAAAACAAGAAAACCAGAGGCAGUGUCAGUAAUAACGGUAGAAUUACCCAUAAAAUGUCAAGUAAUUGGACACGGAUGUAACUAGUGUGACGUUUUUAUUGUGGCAACGUUUCGCUGUCCAGGAGCUUUGUCAAGAGCAGUGUUACUCAGAUCCAGGAAAAUUAAGUCAGGAAAAGUCACAGAAAAUAAGUCACUAUUUUGGCUA